AUGGAUAAACUGCCAAGGGUGAACCUAACGGCUGCUAACAGCUCUACUGUGGACCGGCUUCAUCCUUCCUUCAUCGAGCAUGGUUCCUACCAGCAUCUGUGUGUCCUCGUGCCUGUCAUCCUGGGGGUGAUCUGUGUCCUUGGGCUGGCCAGUACCCUCACAGCCAUGGGCAUCCUGAUCUCCAACGCCCACCGUGGGAAACUAUCCCUUAUCAACGCUCUCAUCCUCAACCUGCUGUUUGCCGAUGGCCUUGUCCUGGCAUUCGCCCUCCCGUUCCGCGCUGCUGCCUUUUCCAAACCCAGUUGGACGCUUGGUUGGACAGUGUGCAAGACCUGUGAUUGGUUCCUGCAGAGCUGCAUGGCUGCGAAGAGUUUUACCGUAGCGGUGUUGGCUAAGGCUUGUUACCGUUACGUCUCUAACCCGACUAAACAGGUCAGCAUCCAUCUACGCUCCAUCCUAUUGGUGAUGUGGUUCCUCUGGCUGUCUGCCUGCUCCGCUCCCAUCCCUACCUGGCUGUUCUCUUCACUGCAGAGAGAGACCCGGGGGCUGGUGUGUGUGCAGGUGGUUCCCCCCGAAGCGCAGGACUUCAUGUCGGUCUACGUCAAGGCAUACCCCCUGGGUGUGUUCUGUGCCCCUUUGAGUUUUGCCCUGCUGUAUUUAUGGCGGGUGUAUGGGCAGUGCCAGCGGCGCUGUAGUAAGACCCAGAACCUCCGAACGCAGAUCAGAUCCAGGAAGCUCACUCUGAUGCUAUUCAGUCUGACGGUAGCCAUGACAACACUGUGGCUGCCGCAGUGGGUGGUCUGGGUGUGGGAGCGGCACGCCGCGGAGCGAGAGGCACAGGGACCGGGAGAGGGAGGAUCCUUUGUCAUCUUCUCUCCCCCUCUCCUCCUCUCCCUCUCCGCCCUGCUCCUCACUUUCUUUCUCUCCCUGGUGAACCCCCUCAUUGUCCUCUCUCUGUCAGAGGAGUUCAGAGAGGGUUACAGAGGUCUGUGGAGGCGCCUUACUCUUCGUAAACACACCCUGUCCAACCCCAAGCCUGGCCCCCAUGCACCCACUGCCCCCCAGUCCCCCUGCCCGCGACCGGAGACCUCAGGCCAGCCGAGGGGAGGAGACGGAGGCCUAGGCUCCAUCCCUUGCCAGGGGACGACAGUUGAUCCCCAACCCCAGAUGGAGCAGGGCAGAGUGGGAGAGGCGGAGGAUGAGGCAGAGGGAGAGAGCCCUCGGGAUGGGAUCGUGCUGCUAGACGUGGAGCAGUUUUGGCAUGAGAGAGAGACAGGCUCCAUGACAGAAGAGAAUGAUCCCAUACCCUGGGAGCACCAGGAGGGAGCACCAACCGAAGGGAGGAAGUGA